UUUAUUUCCGCAAUUAUAUUGUAAAAUUGACUAUAAAAAUCAACUGAAUAACUCUCAACUGAAAUAUUUGAAAAAAUCCUGCAAAAACAGUGUAUACUUCAAUGAAAUCUGGAAUUAAAUUUAACCUUUCUAAUCUUAUUGUGACAAAUGUGUUGUAUGAAAAAACUCAAUUAACGACUCUAUUCAAAUAUAAAUUUCCUUGCAAAUUAACUAUUCUAUUUAUUGACGAUUAUUUUUAUUGUUAACGAAAAAAAUUAGUAAUUUUACCUUUCAAAGUGUCCAUCAAAUAAAGCUUUACAUUUAAAUGCGUAGAUAUUAAUCAGGAUUGCAUGCUAAAAGCAAUGAAUUUAACGGCAAGAUGGAUUUUCAAUUUGUUAACAACUGUCAUCUUCAUGUUCAAACUGUUUGCCAGUGUUCAAUCAGUGAUUGAAUCAGAGGAGGAUAAAGUUGUAAGCUAUAAAGGUUACUCCGUUAUUCGUGUUGUACCAAGAACAAAAGACAGCUUCAGUUAUUUAACCAAUUUAACAUACUCCAAGGAUGUUAGCUAUUGGUUGGAGCCAUCCUCGAUUGCUCGUCCAGUUGACAUAAUGAUUAGUCCGAAGAAGAAGGCCUCGGUCAUGAAAGGCUUGUUUCACUAUGGAAUGCACCCAAAAGUACAAAUUGAAGAUCUUGAACGAUUAAUUUCCAGGAGCAAGAACGACAGUGAUGAGAUAUCUGCACGAGUGGCUACAUCGGAGGAAUACUUUUUCAGCUCAUAUCGUCGACUGGAUGAAAUAUACAACUAUCUGGAGGGUCUUCAAAGUCGUAAUAAAGAUACCAUCAAGAUUGAAAAUUUUGGUAAAUCUUGGGAAGGAAGAGACUUGAAAGUGGUUAAGAUAGGUGCCAAUGUUAAUUCGUCACCACCAAACAAUUCAAAGCCAAUUAUUUACAUUCAAGGAGGAAUUCAUGCUAGAGAAUGGAUUGCACCGGCAACAGUUGUUUACAUUGCUACCACCUUGGCUAAUGAAGCUUUGGAUGAAACAGAUAAAAGAUUAAUUGAAUCAUUUGAAUGGUGGCUGGUUCCUUCCGCUAAUCCUGAUGGUUAUGAAUAUUCCCAUACACAUAACCGUAACUGGAGAAAGACUAGAUCAAAGCAAGUAGGUAUCUGUAGAGGAGUUGAUCCAAAUCGUAAUUUUGGAUUCUAUUGGGGAGGUAAAGGUACCAGUGGGGAUACAUGUAGUGAUAUUUUCAGAGGGUCCAAGCCAUUCUCAGAACCAGAAACUAGAGCAAUUAGAGAUUUAGUCUUAGGUGCUUCACCACGAGUCCUCGCUUUUCUCGAUAUGCAUUCCUAUUCUCAGGUUUGGCUUUAUCCAUGGGGCUAUGGAGAGCAACUUCCUGAUGACCAUCAAGAUUUGCAUCAAAUGGCUAAAUUAGCGACAACUGCCUUGGCCAAAGUUCAUGGAACCCGUUAUCGGGUUGGAAGUACAACGAGAUUGCUAUAUGCUGCUGCUGGUGGAGCUGACGAUUGGGCUAAAGGGACAGCCAAUAUCAAGUAUGCUUACACUGUUGAACUGAGGGAUGAUGGACGAUAUGGUUUUGUCCUUCCAUCUCGAUACAUCAUACCAACUGGUCAAGAAACUUGGACUGCAUUGAAAGCUUUCGCUGAUGGUCUGAAAGAGGAAUUAGACCAUCCCAAGAUCAAAUCGGCCUAAAACCGUCAAAUCUCAUAAUUUAAGUUAUUUUAACUCAUGUUGUUUUUUUUCCAAGUAACUUCACACAAUCUCAUUCCUAUAUCGAUUUAAAUUAUUAAUAAAUCUUAAAGUUAAUUUAAA